UGAAAAAUUCAGAUAUGCACCUUACUCUAUAUAUAUAAUAUAUAUUUGGUUGGAGGUUGAAGAUGUCUUUAUUAGUUGACAGUAAGAACUGUCCUCUUGGAUUCUUGUGAAGCAUGGAAUAAAUGGGUUCUUUACAAAAGCAUCAUAUUUCUCAAUGAUACAAGAUUUAUUCUGAAUAUUUUACCGACUGAAUAAAAAUUUUGAACUUCUUUAUUUCGAUGAAUGUUGAGAGAAGGAAAUUCCUAAAAAUAAUCUUGCAUGCAAAAUAUUAAUUUCAAGCUUCUUUACACACUUAAAGAGCAAUAUAUUGUGGAUAAGUUGUGACAUCUGUGGCAAGAACUUGCAUUUGUAUCACUACUGAAUUCAUAUUCAGUUGGAAUCAUAUUCAAUGUUCUGCUUAUGUUGAACUAACAAUUGCAGACUCAAAGAAAUUAUCAUAACUUAAAUUUUCCUAAUUGCUGAAGUGUCUCAGUUCAGAAUCAGGGGAACUCAUUCACCUGUUUUUUAGUUUAAAAAUGCUGCUUCAAAAACUAUCAUUCCUCCUUUACAAGAAAUCCAUGAGAAUAUUCGAUUUUCAAUCUUCAACAUGAAUUUUUUUAUUGGGGUAUAAAAAGAUUAUGAACGAAAUCACUUGAGUGAAUGCUGUACGAAUGAGGUUUUGUUUUGAAAAAAGUAGCAUAAACUAAAAAAGUACAAAACCACACUAAUGAAAGUAAUUUUCUUCUGGAUGGAUAAUGUCCUACAGGUCAUCUUAUUCAAGAAGUUUGUUGACUACUUAAAGACAACGGAACAACUCGUAUUGAGUAAAAAGGUGAUAAAUUCAGCUCAGUGCGAAAGUGUGUGUGAGUUGCAUAGAAAAUUAUUAAUUACCCCAGGCUAUUUCUAGGUUCGAUUCACCAGUUGUUUUUUGAAGGAACUGCCAAUAUCGUUGGACCUUACCACGAGGAAAGACGCCAGACCUGAAUGCUCGUGGAUACUCUCAGAUUAUGAAAGAGCAGAUUCUUAAGGGAGAAGAAAAUGAAAUAAGAAAGAAAAUUCUAGACAAAGCUAAAGACGGUUCACUGAAGGUAAUCAACGGAGAAUCGAAAGCGCCUAAAAAGAGGGGACGCUGGGAUCAAACCAUAGAUGAAGUCUUCGUACCAAGCAAGAAGAAAAUACUAUCUGUUUCUACACCAAGUGGAGAGGCUGCAACACCUGUUUGGGGGGAUGCAGAUAAAACGCCAGCAGAUCAUCGUUGGGAUGAAACCCCUGGUCACAAAGGAAGUGAAACCCCCGGAGCUACCCCUGGACAGUCGACAAGACAGUGGGACGCCACGCCUGGAGCCGCUACACCUGGUCGCGAGACGCCAGGACACGAUAAAAGCGUAUCGAGGAGAAAUCGUUGGGACGAGACCCCCAAAACUGAGAGAGAAACACCCGGGCAUUCAAGCGGUUGGGCUGAGACUCCCAGAACUGAUAGAACUGGGGCUGACCUGAUCCAAGAUACGCCAACCCCUGGGGCUUCGAAAAGAAGAUCUCGAUGGGACGAAACUCCUUCUGCGGCUACACCAUCUCAAACGAUGACCCCCGGUGCUAUGACUCCUCAGACUCCACAUGGAACACCUGGACAUGCGACUCCUUUACUGACACCCGGAGGUUCGACACCGGUAGGUGUUAAGGCCAUGGCUAUGGCUACGCCCACUCCUGGACAUUUGGCAUCAAUGACACCGGAGCAGCUUCAGGCGUACAGGUGGGAAAGGGAGAUAGAUGAAAGAAACAGACCUUAUACAGACGAUGAGUUGGAUUCCAUGUUCCCACCAGGUUAUAAAAUCCUACCACCUCCUGCUGGUUACAUCCCAAUCAGAACACCUGCUCGUAAGCUGACGGCCACCCCCACUCCAUUGAUCGGAGGUACCCCAACUGGUUUCUUCAUACAACAGGAAGACAGAAGCGCAAAAUAUUUGGAUAAUCAACCGAAAGGUCAAAAUCUGCCAUUUAUGAAACCGGAAGACGCGCAAUACUUCGACAAGCUCCUGGUGGAUGUGGAUGAAGAUGCCCUCAGUCCGGAAGAGCAGAAAGAAAGGAAAAUUAUGAAGUUGUUGCUCAAAAUCAAGAACGGUACUCCACCAAUGAGGAAAGCUGCCCUGAGACAGAUCACGGAUAAAGCGCGAGAAUUCGGAGCAGGUCCAUUGUUCAACCAGAUUUUACCGCUUCUGAUGAGUCCUACGCUUGAGGACCAAGAGCGUCAUUUAUUAGUGAAAGUCAUCGACAGGAUAUUGUACAAACUCGAUGAUUUGGUUCGUCCUUACGUACACAAGAUCCUAGUCGUUAUCGAACCCCUGCUUAUCGAUGAAGAUUACUAUGCCAGAGUGGAAGGCAGAGAAAUCAUUUCCAACUUGGCCAAAGCUGCAGGUCUGGCCACCAUGAUUUCGACCAUGAGACCGGAUAUUGACAACAUUGAUGAAUACGUGAGGAACACCACCGCCAGGGCUUUUGCUGUCGUAGCUUCUGCUCUUGGUAUCCCGUCUCUUUUGCCAUUCUUGAAAGCUGUGUGCAGAUCUAAAAAAUCAUGGCAAGCUAGGCACACCGGUAUAAAAAUCGUCCAACAAAUCGCCAUUUUGAUGGGUUGCGCUAUUUUACCCCAUUUGAAAUCGUUGGUGGAGAUCAUCGAGCACGGUCUGGUAGACGAACAGCAAAAAGUAAGAACCAUCACCGCGUUAGGUAUAGCUGCGUUAGCUGAAGCUGCAACUCCUUACGGUAUCGAAAGUUUCGACUCUGUACUGAAACCGUUGUGGAGAGGUAUAAGAACUCACAGGGGAAAAGGUCUUGCCGCUUUCUUGAAGGCCAUUGGAUACUUGAUCCCCCUUAUGGACGCCGAAUACGCUAACUACUAUACCAGAGAAGUGAUGCUGAUCCUGAUUCGUGAGUUUCAGUCUCCGGACGAAGAAAUGAAGAAGAUCGUAUUGAAGGUAGUCAAGCAGUGUUGCUCGACAGAUGGUGUGGAAUCUCAGUACAUAAAAGACGAGAUCCUGCCUCAAUUCUUCAAACACUUUUGGAAUCACAGGAUGGCUUUGGAUCGAAGAAAUUACAGACAAUUGGUUGAUACUACGGUUGAAAUUGCGAACAAAGUAGGAGCUUCCGAAAUAAUCAACCGUAUCGUGGACGAUCUCAAAGACGAAAACGAACAGUACAGAAAAAUGGUAAUGGAGAGCAUCGAGAAGAUAAUGGGAAAUCUUGGGGCAGCAGACAUAGAUUCGCGUUUGGAAGAACAGCUUAUCGAUGGCAUCCUCUAUGCCUUCCAAGAACAAACUACCGAAGAUGUAGUAAUGUUAAAUGGCUUCGGAACGAUCGUGAAUCAACUAGGAAAGAGAGUCAAGCCUUACUUACCCCAAAUAUGUGGUACCAUUCUCUGGAGGUUAAAUAACAAAUCGGCUAAAGUUCGUCAACAGGCUGCCGAUCUUAUAUCUCGAAUCGCCGUCGUGAUGAAAACAUGUCAGGAGGAAAAAUUGAUGGGACAUUUGGGUGUCGUACUUUAUGAAUGUUUGGGAGAAGAGUACCCCGAGGUGUUGGGUUCAAUUUUGGGAGCAUUGAAGGCCAUCGUCAACGUGAUCGGUAUGACGAAAAUGACCCCGCCUAUAAAAGAUUUACUGCCGCGUCUCACGCCGAUCUUGAAGAAUCGUCACGAGAAAGUCCAGGAAAAUUGCAUCGAUUUAGUUGGUAGAAUUGCCGACAGAGGUCCAGAAUACGUUUCAGCCAGGGAGUGGAUGAGAAUUUGUUUCGAACUGUUGGAACUGCUGAAAGCACACAAGAAAGCAAUCCGUCGAGCUACUGUUAAUACGUUUGGAUACAUUGCCAAAGCCAUAGGUCCCCAUGAUGUCUUAGCGACUUUGUUGAAUAACUUGAAAGUUCAAGAGAGACAGAACAGAGUUUGUACAACAGUAGCUAUCGCUAUAGUUGCUGAAACUUGUUCUCCCUUCACUGUUUUGCCGGCACUUAUGAAUGAAUAUCGAGUACCGGAACUUAAUGUACAGAACGGUGUUCUGAAAUCACUUUCUUUCCUUUUCGAAUAUAUAGGAGAGAUGGGUAAAGAUUAUAUUUACGCUGUGGCGCCCCUCCUGGAAGAUGCGUUGAUGGACAGAGAUUUAGUACACAGGCAAACAGCUUGUGCAGCCAUUAAGCAUAUGGCGUUGGGAGUGUACGGUUUCGGUUGUGAGGACGCCUUGAUUCAUUUGCUGAACUACGUCUGGCCUAAUAUUUUUGAAACUUCUCCUCAUCUUGUACAAGCCUUCAUGGACGCCAUAGAAGGAAUGCGAGUUGCUUUGGGACCCAUUAAAAUCCUUCAGUACACAUUGCAGGGACUAUUCCAUCCUGCGAGAAAGGUGAGGGAUGUUUAUUGGAAAAUAUACAAUUCUCUCUAUAUUGGUGGUCAAGAUUCAUUAGUAGCAGGUUACCCAAGAAUAAUGAAUGAUCCUAAAAACCAGUACAUACGUUAUGAAUUAGAUUAUGUUCUGUAAAUUAAUUAUUUUUUGUUUUAUAUUUUUUUUUUCUAUCAAAUUAAAAAUUGAUAAGAAUUUAUUGUACAUCGAUUACUCUUGUCAGCUUAUCAGGAAAUAUAGGAGAGUAGAUCUGCUAAAUUCAGUUAGAAAUGAAAAAUUUUUGGUAGGUGACUUGAUGUGCUCAACUUGUCGAUUAUAUGUAUACAAGAAUGAUAUAUUCCAAAAUCAUGACUACAAUUUUGAAGUUGGUAGUUGAGAUUAAUUGUAAAAAUUAAAGAGGUUUUAUUUUCAUUCAUUUUCAUCUUUGUUUGUAAUAUAGGAAUCUGUCAAAUAUACCUAAUAUUGCAAAGUGUAA